AUGGUCAGACCGCUGGAUCUCUCAGGCGACGCGCCCGUUGCCUCGGGCCCUCCAGCUCCAGCGCCCUCAUCCAUCAGCCCUACUACCGACCGCGCCUCCAAGCGCCCUGCUCAAGCCAUAGCUACGCCCUCGAAGCGCCUGAAGCCGCAGCCUCUCGGCCCGCAAGCCCUCAAUGGCCCGCACUCGGCGCAGCCUGCCCAAGCCGGCAGCCUGCCGCUGCACCAACAAGUCUCUGCCGACCAGAGCAACGCCUUCGCCGUGAACUAUACCCCGACGGCCACUACCGGUCCCGAGAGCUUCGUGGCGCCCUUUGGCGCUGGCUGGAACCAGAUGCCCGGCAGUUACUACGACAACGGCUUUGCCGUGCCCUUGGCCCAACAGCCUUUUGCGCCCUCCUACGACACGCAGUUCGUCACGCAACAGUCGCCCAUCUACAGCGAGCCGUACUCACCGGCCUCAGACGUGAACCCGGAGCUGGUGAAAACUUUGCCCACGCUGGACAAGCUGUCGGGCCGAGUGCUGGCCACCCUCGGCCAGCAUUCCUUCCAGGAUACGCUGAACGUCAUCAAUAAGAUUGACACGCCCGCGGGCCAGGAGUACGCUUCACUCAAAGAACUCUUUGAGAAUCACUACAAACAGUAUAGCCAAGGGAACUCCUUCAUAGAUGCAGAGGCGCUUCAUCUGGAUGGCCAGCAACACUCUCCCACCGUGCGCAAGGCCAAUCUAGCAGCCUUCGUCAGCAGCAUAUUCGGUGGGCAGGAAGUCAGUCUGAACGAGCUGAACGAACACUUUUUGGACAUCUUCAUUCCCCCGAAUGGCAGGUUCCUGAGUUGGCAUGGUGGAUUUUACGUGGAGCUCAAGACACAGGUUUACAUCAAAGAGUUGAUGAAGGGAGAGAAACGCGACGAGGUCAUGAGCCGAUUGUUUCCGGAGAAUCUGGCCGAGAAAAUGCUUGCGAGGCAUCCCGAGAUCAAGCAGCUCUUGCCUCCGGAAUUGGAAUUUGUGAAGUUCGCUCUCCAGCGCCGACAAUCACUUCUCGCCGAGGACGACACGGUGCAGGCUCGAGUCAUGCUUCCGAGAAAGCACGCUUGGAACGACCUUCUCAAAGAAGUCAACAGUUGCAUUCAGAAAUACAUGGACGGUGCCUCCGCUACUAGUCGGCAGAGUUCUCAAUCAUCAAUGUACAGCAAUGCCCAAGGUAUCAGCCCCGGUGGCUACUACCCGCAGCAGAUGCAGGAUGCAGUCGGCGGAAACUACGAUGAGACGAUCACGAGAGCAGCGCUGAUGGCUCACGCCGCGCUCCAUGGGCCACAACAGACCAAUAGUUCAGAUGCACAACCCAAUGUAUCCUUCUACCAAGCAUAUCCCCAGGUCGCUCAGCAACACCAGCCAUCUUUUCCCACAAGCAAGGCACCGAACCCGCCAAGUCCGAUCUCAGUCCAAAGCGCGCCGACGCAGGUUUUGUACGAUCGGGCACGUUCAGCGUCGACUGUUCGCGCACCGCCCAACUCUCGGAAGCCAGGAGCGGCAAACCAGCGGCGGCCUUGGAGUAUCGACGAAGAGCGCGCUCUCAUGGAUGGCCUUGACCGGGUUAAGGGCCCUCAUUGGAGCCAGAUUCUGGCUCUCUACGGUCCUGGGGGAACCAUAUCGGAGAUCCUCAAGGAACGCAACCAGGUGCAACUGAAAGACAAGGCAAGGAACUUGAAACUGUUUUUCCUGAAGAGCGGAGUCGAAGUGCCUGUGUACCUACUAGGUGUCACAGGUGAUUUGAAGACGAGGGCUCCUGCCCAGGCGGCGAAGCAAGAAGCACUGGCGAAGCAGCGAAGAGACGAACAGGAGAGCAAAAUAAGGGAGCAGCGUGCGCAGAUGGAUGCGGCGACUGUGCUGGCGGCGGCCGGAAGGUGGCCCGGGGCUGGCGAUGGCUUUUCCCAGAUGGGUUACCCCGCUCCGCAAAGCCAUCCGGCAAUUGAUCCUUCGCUUCGGACUACCGAUGGGCCCAGUAACGCCUAG